AUGAGACUCCAGAAUCUGCUGUCCCUUGGACUUGGGCUUGUUGGCCUUACUGUAGCCGUCGAACUCUCUGGUUAUGAGUAUAUUGUUGUUGGCUCAGGUGCUGGCGGUGGUCCACUUGCAGCCCGACUGGCUCUGGCCGGCCACAAGACGCUUCUUAUUGAGGCUGGAGAUGACCAGGGGGCAAACAACAACUACAGUGUUCCUGCCUACUCGGCUUUGGCUUCAGAAGAUGGUAGCAUGGCCUGGAACUUCUUUGUGCGCCACUAUGCCGACGAUGAACGUCAAGCCCUUGAUUACAAGACAUCCUACGAAACUGUUGACGGCGGCCUGUAUACUGGUCUUGAUCCUCCUGAAGGGUCCAAGAUGCUAGGAACACUGUACCCGCGGACAGGUACUCUGGGUGGCUGCACGGCUCACAAUGCCCUCAUCGCCAUCUAUCCUUACCGCUCCGAUUUUGAAUAUAUCUCACGUCUUACCGGCGACCAGACAUGGGAUCCCGAAAAUAUGCGCAAAUACUUCGUGAAAUUGGAAAAUCAGCAAUAUCUCAGCCUACUCUCUCCUGGUCACGGAUACGACGGAUGGCUGAGCACUGAGACCGCUCCCCUCACAAUUCCCCUGCAGGAUCCUCAGCUUCUCAGUCUGUUCCUUGGUGGUGCUUUUGGCCUCGGCAAUCUGACGGAUAACGUCUUCAAUCUUGCUACGUUACUUGCUGGAGAUGCGAACGCCGACAGUCUGCUGCGAGACAAGAGCCCUGGCUACUACCAAAUACCCAUCUCGACAGACAAGGCCAGCCGUAUUGGCCCUCGCGAGUUUGUCGUCUCCGUUCGCGAUGCCAAGAACUCGGAUGGAAGCAAGAAGUAUCCUCUUGACGUUCGAAUGCACUGCCACGUCACCAAAGUCGUCUUUGACAAGUCCAAGGACCCUCCCCGCGCUACUGGCGUCGAAUUCCUCGAUGGUGCUUACUUGUACGCUGCUAGCCCAAGGUCCAAGAAUGCUGGACCAGGUGAGCCUGGAUCGGCAACGGCGUCGAGAGAAGUCAUCAUCUCUGGGGGAACGUACAACUCACCCCAGAUUUUAAAGCUCAGUGGCGUCGGACCGAAGGAGGAACUGGAGAGAUUCGGCAUCCCUGUCAUUGUCAACCUUCCUGGGGUUGGCACCAAUCUACAAGAUCACUACGAGGUCGCCGUCCAGGGGCGAACGCCUAAGGAUUUCGUGGCUCUCGAUGGAUGCACAUUUGGAUUCGAUGGCCAGGAGGACUCGUGUCUUGAGCGUUGGGAGAAUCCCGUUUUGGGAGACCAUGGUACUUAUGCAUCAUCUGGAUUGGGAGUGACAAUGUUUUAUCCCUCAACCGCUACAGCUGCCGGCGAUUACGACACCUUCAUUUUCGGCGGACCCGUCAAUUUCAGAGGUUACUUUCCCCAAUACAGCAUUAACGUCACUGCUGAGCACGAUUGGUUCACCUGGGCCAUCCUGAAAGGGCAGCCUCGAAAUACCGCUGGCACUGUCACACUGGCCUCGGCGAAUCCCCUCGAUGUCCCAGCCAUCACAUACAAUUACUUCGACACUGGCUCUGGUGAUUCGUCCGCUGACCUCCAGGCGAUCUCCGAGGCAAUUGGACUAGCUCGUAACGCGUUUGCCAGGCAGCUUGUACCUAUUCGGGAAGAGCUUCCGGGAGAGAACGUUCAGUCGCAAGAGGACAUUGAGCAAUACGUCAAGGACACCGCCUGGGGUCAUCAUGCCUCUUCAACUUGUCCCAUUGGAGCCGACGACGACCCAAUGGCGGUUCUAGAUUCCAAGUUCCGCGUGCGUGGGGUCAAGGGACUUCGUGUUGUGGACGCCUCCGUCUACCCAAUGAUCCCAGGCACUUUCACUGCGGUGUCUACCUUCAUCGCGGCGGAGAAAGCUGCUGACGAUAUAUUAGGCGAACUAGACUAA